AUGACGACUGGGCAUAAAGAUCAUUUGAAGCGUCUGGCAGCACCUAAGUCAUGGAUGCUGGGGAAGCUUGGAGGAGUGUUUGCACUGAAACCUGCGAGUGGGCCGCACAGUGCAAAGAGAUGCAUACCUCUUGGGUAUCUGGUGUCCAGGUUUCUGAAGUAUGCAGGAAACAGGAAGGAGUUGAGGAUUAUUUUGGAGGGGAACAAUGUGAAGGUGAAUGGGAGGGUCAGAACGGAUCCGCACUUUCCUGUUGGAUUGUUUGAUGUGCUGUCUAUUGAUAAGACGGGGGAGCACUUCCGUGUGUUUUACACAGUGUCGAAGAAAUUCCAUUUGCACAAGAUAGCAUCGAGCGAGGCGGAGUACCGACUGGCAAAAGUGGUCAAGAAGUAUUCGCACUUGAAUGUGCCGUAUGUUGUGUCGAGCUGUGGAUUGAACAUCAGGUUUUGCGACCCUGCAAUACGAAUUGGGGACACAAUUAGGAUUGAUAAUGGAAGCGGGAAGGUUAGCGGGUACAUAACGCCUGGGGUAGAUAAGGUGGUGUAUGUGCUGAAUGGGCGAUCAAAGGGAUGUAUCGGAGUGGUAAACACGAUUAACAAGCAUGCAGAUGCCAAGAUAUACGGAAUGACUGACUUUGCGGGACAUUCUUUUUCGUGUGCAGACAAGAACUGUGUUUUUAUUGGGGAGUCGCGCGACGACAUCUGGAUAACGCUGCUGAAGGAGAAUGGAAUCAAGUACUCUGAGCUUGAAAAGAUCAACAUGAGGCUUGGCGAGAUGAUUGAUGCAGAGGUUGCUGAGGAGAAUGAAUAA